GCCUAAGUCGCAAAUGUAAACAAACACUUUGGUGGGUCCGGUGGUACUGGUGAGUAUAGGACGCAAAGCAAAGCCAACCGCGGCAGCAGCCAGGACUCGGACGCGGAAACCUUCGUGAGCCAAACAGCAGCAGCGGAACGCCUUCGAAGGAUGGUGGUGCAGGAGUGGGACGAGGUCGAGUGCUCGAAAAGGACAAGGCCAGCUUCCUGCAGGAACUGCAAGCUGUUCCGGGACCGGAAUGGGAUGGAAGGUAAGAAUGUGGAUUCGCACCGGUUGUAUUCGGUGUUGGUGGCCCGGGAUUGGAGGUUGAAGGUCAAUUCCCGCGAGGACUGGGGCGAUAUUAUCGAGAAGAUGGCGCUGCCGCAGCGUUGCAUGAACAACGAGUUUGCGUUGAAGAAGAUUAACGUCUGGUUUUUGGACAAGUACGAGAAAGUUAAUUUUCACGGUGAGUUGACGGAUCCGACGAAGAGGAGGACGACUAGCGGCAUAAUCGGAGGUGGUCAGCGCAGAUGUUGCACGGUUGCAGGCGGUUUACAACACCGGUGAGUAUUGAGAAUGUGUGCAGUGGUUAGCCAACUUCACUUACUUCCAUCUCUUUUAGCAACUUCCCGCCCAGCCGAAUGAAUCUGGACAGUGAGCCAAAAAAAAAUCUAUGUCAUUCUCGAAGUAGGAUUACGUGCUCAAAACGAACUCCGUACCGAGGGCCUCAUCAACUCCAUGUUCCGGAUGCGCUUCCAGGAUCCAGAACUCCCCGUUCAGGCACUUUACUUUCCAGCCGGGAAACGUCGACCACCCUUCCCGAAUCAAUGGCCAACUCCUCCAAGACUGUCCUGAUUGAGGCCGGAAACGUGACCAUCGUGUUACACUGCUGUCGCGCGUUGAAGCCUCCAUCCGGAACCGUCCAGCCUGGGGUAUUCGGAAGUGACCGGUGGCGUACCGUAUGAAGCAGAAGCUAGUGAAGAAGCGUUAAAUACAAAAAAAGUGUUUUCCUAACAUACUAAUUAAUUUUUUUUAAUAAAUGUAAAAAAACCAAGCACUUUUUUCUGAAAUUAUCCCUGUAGUGCUAAAUGUUCAGUAUUCUU